UAUGAGUUCUUACGUGGAACUACGGCAUCGCAGACCGCGCGAAACAUAAAUGGUGUAUUUGGUUCUAAUGUAACUACUCAGCAAACAGUAUCAAAAUGGUUUGCCAAAUUUCGGAGUGGUAACUUUGACCUCACAAAUGAUCCACGCGGUCGCCCAGAAUCAAAGGUCAAUAAUGACGUACUAAAGGUCACCGUUGAGUCUGAUCCAUCUCAAAGUGCUUAUGAAUUAUCAUUAAAGUUCGGUGUAAGCAAACAAACAAUAUUAACUCAUUUAGCUGAAAUCGGGAAAGUGAAAACGUUAGAUAAGUGGGUUCCUCAUGAACUGAACGAAAACCAGAAACAAAAGCGUUUGGAAGCUUGUUUGAUGUUGCUUUCUCGCCACAAAUCUGAUCCAUUUUUGAAUCGAAUAAUCACUGGUAAUAAGAAAUGGAUUCAAUAUGACAAUCGCAAGCGUUCAGCGCAGUGGUUAGACAAGAACGAAUCUCCAAAACAUACUCCAAAGCGUAGUAUUCAUCAGAAGAAGUUGAUGGUCAGUGUUUGGUGGACUUGUGCAGGUGUAAUUCAUUACGAGUUCAUGAAACCAGGCUCAUCGAUCACAGCAGAAAUAUACUUUAAGCAACUAGACAAAAUGAUGCUAGGACUUAAAAAAAAGCAGCCUAGAUUGGUCAACAGAUCGACUCCUAUCUUACUGCAAGAUAAAGCCAGACCACACACCGCGCAAAUGACCGUGGCAAAACUAUAGGAAUUGGAGUUGGAACUUCUUCAUCAUCCUCCAUACUCGCCAGAUCUAGCUCCCACAGACUACCACUUCUUUCGUAAUUUGGACAACUUCUUGGUAGGAACAAAUUUCAAUUCCGAUAAUGCAGUAAAAUUUGCCUUCCAGGAAUUCAUAGACUCUCGUACAUCAGGUUUUUAUACCACCGGGCUGAACAACCUGCCGCUUAAAUGGCAACAAUGUGUUGAUAAUUUGUGCGCAUACUUAAAUGAGUAA